GUGUCGCGCGCGCCAGCAGCAGCAGCAGCAGCAGCAGCAGCAGCGCGCGGAGCUCGGCGGCAUCCUUGCGGCGGGAGCCAGGACCAUGGCCGAGCCGGCGGCGGCGGCGGCGGCUGUCCCCGGGCCGGAGGGCGAGGAGGGCCCCGUCCGCUUCGCCCGCAAAGGCGCCCUCCGCCAGAAGAACGUCCACGAGGUGAAGAACCACAAGUUCACCGCCCGCUUCUUCAAGCAGCCCACCUUCUGCAGCCACUGCACCGACUUCAUCUGGGGCUUUGGAAAGCAAGGUUUCCAGUGUCAAGUCUGUUGCUUCGUGGUCCACAAGAGGUGCCAUGAAUUUGUUACCUUCUCCUGCCCUGGAGCAGAUAAGGGCCCAGCCUCAGAUGACCCACGGAGCAAACACAAGUUCAAAAUCCAUACGUACUCCAGCCCGACCUUCUGUGACCACUGCGGAUCCUUGUUGUAUGGACUGAUCCACCAGGGGAUGAAAUGUGACACGUGCAUGAUGAACGUCCAUAAACACUGUGUGAUGAACGUACCGAGUCUAUGUGGGACAGAUCACACUGAGCGCCGGGGCAGGAUACACAUCAAAGCGGAUAUUGAAAAUGAAGUCCUCACUGUUGUAGUACGAGAUGCCAGAAACCUCGUCCCAAUGGAUCCCAAUGGCUUGUCAGACCCAUACGUGAAACUCAAACUCAUCCCUGACCCGAAAAGCGAAAGCAAACAGAAGACUAAAACCAUCAAAUGCUCUUUGAACCCCGAGUGGAACGAGACCUUUAAAUUUCAGCUGAAAGAGUCUGACAAGGACAGAAGAUUAUCUGUGGAAAUUUGGGACUGGGACCUGACCAGCAGGAAUGAUUUUAUGGGAUCGCUCUCCUUUGGGAUCUCAGAGCUGCUGAAAGCCGGAGUGGAUGGCUGGUUUAAGCUGCUGAGCCAAGAGGAGGGGGAGUAUUUCAACGUCCCAGUUCCCCCCGAAGGUGAAGAGGGGAAUGAAGAGCUCAGGCAGAAGUUUGAGAGAGCCAGAAUCGGCCCCGGAUCGAAGGCAGCGGAGGAGAGGACCCCGAACGCCAUCUCCAAAUUCGACAACAAUGGCAGCCGGGAUCGCAUGAAGCUGUCGGACUUCAACUUCCUGAUGGUGCUGGGCAAAGGCAGCUUUGGAAAGGUGAUGCUGUCCGAAAGGAAAGGGACUGAUGAGCUCUACGCUGUGAAGAUCCUCAAGAAGGAUGUGGUCAUCCAAGACGACGAUGUGGAAUGCACCAUGGUGGAGAAGCGAGUGCUGGCUCUGGCCUCAAAGCCCCCAUUCCUAACGCAGCUUCAUUCUUGCUUCCAAACCAUGGAUCGCUUGUAUUUUGUAAUGGAAUAUGUGAAUGGGGGUGAUCUAAUGUACCAGAUUCAGCAGGUCGGGAGAUUUAAGGAGCCCCAUGCUGUGUUCUACGCGGCCGAGAUAGCCAUUGGCCUGUUCUUCUUACAUAACAAAGGAAUCAUUUAUCGGGACCUGAAACUUGACAAUGUGAUGCUGGAUUCUGAGGGGCAUAUCAAGAUUGCAGAUUUUGGCAUGUGCAAAGAGAAUAUCUGGGACGGGGUCACCACCAAGACGUUCUGUGGCACUCCGGACUACAUUGCGCCUGAGAUAAUCGCUUAUCAGCCCUAUGGGAAGUCAGUCGACUGGUGGGCCUUUGGAGUCCUGCUGUAUGAAAUGUUGGCUGGGCAGGCGCCGUUUGAAGGCGAAGACGAAGACGAGCUCUUCCAGUCCAUCAUGGAGCACAAUGUAGCCUACCCAAAAUCCAUGUCCAAGGAAGCGGUGGCAAUCUGCAAAGGGCUCAUGACCAAGCACCCAGCAAAGCGUUUGGGGUGCGGCCCUGAAGGAGAGCGGGACAUCAAAGAGCACGCCUUCUUCCGCUACAUAGAUUGGGACAAGCUUGAACGGAAAGAGAUUCAGCCUCCUUUCAAGCCCAAAGCGUGCGGACGAAAUGCUGAAAACUUCGACCGGUUUUUCACUCGCCACCCACCUGUCUUAACACCACCUGACCAGGAAGUCAUCAGGAACAUUGACCAAUCAGAAUUCGAAGGAUUUUCCUUUUUUAACUCUGAGUUUUUUAAACCUGAAGUCAAGAGCUAAGUAGCCGUUGCAGACCGCCCUCAUCACCCUUGAGCAUCCAUUGCCAUCUGGUCCCGGCAGCUGUUGUGGUGACAUCCUCUGUUGCAAACAUUAGCCAUCAUACUUUGAAUUUCUUUUGUGGUGAUACUAGAAUGACCGUAUUCCAAAGACCUUGGGUCAAAAAAGACAUUUCUGGUGGCAUCCGUACAUUUAACAACACUUUGGGUGGGAUGCAAGACAGGACAAAACAAAUUUGCUUUCAAGUCAACUUGAGGCUCUAGUCCUUGGCUUAGGGCAGGUUGGGGCAUCUGUGGCCCUCCAGAUAUUGCCGGACUCCAAAUCCCAUCAUCCCUGACCUUUGGCCAUGCAAGCUGGUGGGAGUUGCAAUGCAUCAGAGUCUGGAGGGCCAGAGGUUCCCCACCCCUGGAUUAGGAAAAGCAGUGGAUUCAUUGAAUAACUGGCUGAAGUCCUGCAGAUGCUGUCUCCUUUCCCCUCCCGAGUAUGUCAUUUGGGAAAGGGUCGGCCAUCGCUGCCUUAUCACAUUUGCAGGGUGGAUGCUUCUGCUUAAAAUCCACUGCAGAAUCUCUUUCACCUUUUUUCCAAAGGGUGCUAUUUCAGGAAGAACUUGGGGAGACUUGGCACCAUUCAACACGUGAACUGAUUUCCUUUUUCCUUCUUGCAACCGGAGCAUGAAACCAGUCUAGAAGCAGAGACAAGCCACAGCCAUUUCCAUUGCAACUGCAGUACUUACCAUCACACAGAAAUGACUGCAGGUUGUCCUUGUGUCGCUGUCUGGUUUCGCUGAGUUUCCCCCUUGAAAUCCUGAAUGGGGCGGGGGAGGCACAUGGAAGAAAGCAGUGCAGAGUGGCCCAUCAAUCGCCAUUAAGAAAUCGCCAUUAAGCCAAUGAGAGUUGGGGUGUACCUGCAUCUGCACAUACUGCUAACUGGUUCAACAUUAUCUCUGGGGAUCCUUGGGAACUCUGAUGGUGGAGGGAAAGGAUCUCUUGCAGAGCAUUUUCUGCACCCUCAUCAAACGGCAAUUCCCAGGAUGACAUGACAAUUAAACGGGGGGAAGGGAACGUGGGGGUAGGAGUCCUCCUCCUGCCUCCUCCUCAUCCAUGCUGUGCUUUAAAUUCUGUGUGUGCAUGUGCAUGCCCAAAGAGAACCUAAAUCAGAAUUUAGCAAGACCUGCAUUUUAGCACACAGCUUGUGCCACUGCUAUGUCUGUUUUGCCACUUUAACUAAGAACAUACAGAGUGCCCUCCUGGAUCGGACCGAAGCUUCAUCUCCUUUGGCAUCCUGUUUGUCACAGUGGUCGGCCAGAUGCCUCUGGAAAGGGAAAGGUUGGAGCCCAGUGGCAGAGCAUCUGUUGUGCAUGUAGAAGGUCCUGGUUCAGUCCCCAGUGGCCUCUCCAGGUGUGGUGAGGAAAGAGGCAGUUUGCGUGUGAAACCCUGUGGAGCCGCUGCCACAGGCCAGAUAGAUCAAGGGCCUGACUGAAUUGCUAUAAGGCAGCUUUCUAUGAAAUGGAAAUGGACUGCCUUCAAGUCGAUCCCGACUUAUGGCAACCCUAUGAACGGGGUUUUCAUGGUAAGUGGUAUCCAGAGAGGGUUUCCCAUGGCCUCCCUCUGAGGCUGAGAGGCAGUGACUGGCCCAAGGUCACCCAGUGAGCUUCAUGGCUGUGUGGGGAUUCGAACCCUGGUCUCCCAGGUCGUAGUCCAACACCUUAACCACUACGCCACACUGGCUCUUUGCAGCUUUCUGUAUCCUAACCUAAAUCUCUAGCCCGUCAGUUUUGCUGGCUGAGUCAUAGGCUUAAUAUAUGAGAGAGAGAAACUUCCCUUUCACCAUUUUCUGUAGUGUGCAGUAUGUAAAGGAUGUUAAGAAAGUAUUAAGAAUGUUAAGAAACUGUUAAGUGCCCACUAUGUUUGGGGCAGCCACAGGUCUGUUUCUCAGCCCAGGUUGGUGCUGUGCUGGUGGCAAGGAUGUUGACAGCUUAGCCUCACAAAACUUCAGUGUUAUUUCUCACCCUGAACAGAAUGAUGCACCAACAAAGAAAGAGAGAGAAAUGAUCACACACGUAUGUGCACUUGUUGGCUGUGUAAAUUACACCCUCAUUUUUAACCAUCAGAUGAAUGGCUAGCAAAGAUCUAGUAAAGUUGCAAGUAGACAAAAUAGGGGUUUCCUAUGAAUAUUUUGGAGUCAAUGGUCACCCUAGUAUCUACCAUCCAUGUCAUGUUCUUGACGUUACCCUAGCAAAUCUUUGUGGGUUUCUUUCUUUAAAGGUAUUGGGGUGGGGGGAGAUGGAGUGCUGUUUGUCCAGUUGCCAAAUUGACAAAUUCCGUCUGUUCCACUGCGCUUUAUGUGUGUCAAAAAAAUCUGAAUAUUUUACUAAAAUGAAGCUGAUAUUUUAAAAGUCCAAACAGUAUUUGUGUAACUUGACUGAAGCUGUAAAGUUUUUUUGGGGGGGGGGUUGCCUCAAUCUUCUUCUGAGAAUAACAAAGAAUUGCCACUGGAAUUCUCAGUUGCUUCUGGCAAACUAAAGGAAAGAAAAUGCUUUCUUUUAAGACUCUGAUGCUGCUCAUCCACCUAUUCCAUUUCUUCUCUCCCACUUUACACUCGGGAGGGGGGAGUGUCUUCAUUUAGAGUUUGCUUUGAGUUAUUCAUGUGCCAUUUUUUCCCCAGAUAAAAUUAUCAAAUAAAGAUUGAGAAAUCUUGGUUUGAGGAAACCUCAAUUUAUUUGUAAAGAAGACUAA